AUGGCAUCUUCAUUAUCAUUGAGAGGCAUCUUGGAUGCCAAUAAGUUGACUGAUCCAAAUUAUGUUGACUGGUUGAAGAAUUUAAAAAUUGUACUCACACAAGAGAAGAUCUCCUACAUCCUUGACACCCCAGACCCAGGGCCGUUAGGAGAUGAUGCUACUGAGGAUGAAGUAGCCACAUACAAGAUGUGGCAAAAUGAUUAUCUUAUUGUUAAAUGCAUCAUACUUGCCUCUAUGAGUAAUGAUCUACAAAGGCAGUAUGAGAGUAUGGAUACUCACUCCAUACUCCUCAAUCUAAAGGAGUUGUAUGGAGAGCAGAGUAGAACUGCAAGAUAUGAGAUAUCCAAGCAAUUAUUCCAUGCUCGAAUGACAGAAGGAUCAUCUGUGCAAGACCAUAUCCUUAAG